CAAGAGUCGAACAGUUGUGCGGAAGAUUCGCUUCUAGGACGACGUCAACGGCACCGGCGAAGUGCACUAGCCGCGAUAGUACGCUUGCGUUGCGCCGUUAACCAUCGGAACAGUAUAGGUACUGUGCAGUGGAAGAUCGUUCUCGGGGAGGCGCGUGUGCUGUGAAUCAUAAUAAUAUUGGCUUUUCGGUGAUUGCCCUUCCCGGGUGGAAUACAAACAAGGAGACGAUCGAACGAUCGAUCAACCGAACGGCGGAUCGAUUGCUCCACUUGAGGAAGUUCGUAUAAAGCAACGAGAUGGGGGAUCAUCGUUCUAGUAGUGAUCCUAAGGAUGCCGUGGCAAGUAAAUAUCGGGAUUUACCGGACGUGGUGUUUUCGUGGUGGUGCUGGCAGCUACUCGGCGUUAGAUGAUAACGGUGCUAAGGACCCCAGCUCCGAAAGUCAAGCCAUCGAGAUCCACCACAUCCAGCUGCGACACUAUGCCAGCAACGACAACAGCGGCAGUAGCAACGGCGGCAGCAAACUGCAAUCCCACAGCUACAACGAAGCGCUGGAGCUGAUAGGCACUGGAAAGUUUCACACCUUUCUGCUCUUCAUCUGCGGCUUCUGCUUGAUGAGUGUCAUCAACGAAACCCUGAACAUGGGCUUCAUCAUUUCCGCCGCCGAAUGUGACCUGCACCUAACCUUCUCCGACAAGGGAAUGCUCAACGGGGCGGCAUUCUGCGGAGUGGUGAUCAGUUCGCACUUUUGGGGAUUUCUGUCCGACACGUGGGGCCGACGGAAGGUGAUCCUGUUGGCAACCAGCGUCAGUUUGGCGCUGUCUAUCCUGUCCAGUUUUUCGGUGAACGUAUGGAUGCUCACCGUCACACGGUUCUUGGUCGGGGUGUUUAUUUCUGGCAACGCAGCCACAACUUAUGCAUACUUGGCGGAGUUUCACACGGACAAAACGCGAGCCAACUCGAUCUCCUGGGCAGCGAUGUUCAUGGCCUUCGGGAUGAUCUAUCUACCGUUCCUGGCCUAUUUCAUCAUUCCGCUGGACGGUCAGCUCGAGUUGUAUAGCGAGUUACUUGGAAUGCGCUACGGAUUAUGGAGGUUCUAUCUGCUGUUGAGUUCAUUUACGAGUGUCCUCAUCAUUUGCGGAAUACUUUGCCUACCGGAAAGUGGGAAAUUUUUACUAAUCAUCGGUGAACAUGAUGGGGUGCUAGAUGUUUUGAGACAAAUGUACAGAUGGAAUAAAGGCGAACCUGAUUAUAUGUUCCCAAUCAAAUCGAUCACAUUGGACGCCAUCGAUGGUGCCUUUGUGGAAAAACGGAACAAUGAAUUGAACAAGGGCCUACGAUACGUCUGGGAGCAAACAGUUCCCCUAUUCCGAGCACCUUUGGUUGGUAACACGUUACGAGCGUCUUUUCUCAUGUUCGGGCUGUUCAUGUCCUCCUCGGGACUGUUCAUGUGGAUUCCGGACAUAUUGAACACCUACGUCAACUACCAGGAUGCCAAGGUCACCAUCUGUGAUGUGGUGGAAAUAAUUCAAAACAAUAGAACCCAAAUGAAUUUACAGGAAAUGCAUACCAGUUGUCCUGUGAGUAUCGACGCAUCUAUUUUCAUGAUAACCACUAUCAUGGGGAUCUUGUUCCUGGCCUGUUACAUUCUGAACGGAGCUGUUAUUAACAUUGUUGGAAAGAAGCUGCUGUUAAAUAUUUGGUACGUGGCGUGUGGCGCGUGCGGCGUCGCCGCGCUGUGGACUUCCGAUUUCUACCUGACGCUGCUGGUGAUCGUGGUUUUCCUCGCCGUUGGUUGCUGCGGAUCGGUGCUCAGCGCCAUAUCGGUUGAUCUAUUUCCAACUAAUUAUCGGGCAAUGGCGCUCUGUCUGAUACGAUGA